CAAAGCCUUGUUGAAAGUCAAGAACAGCAGCAAGUUGAUAACCAAGUUUAGGUUGAAAGUGAGAAGUUUCAUUGUUGUCAGUGAGCAAAGUGUAGUGUAUUAACUAAUGCUAUGUAAAUUGCUGUGUGCUUAUUAAUUAUGGCACAUAUUGCAAAAUUGACGACAAGAUUUUUUGGACCUAACCUAGGCAAGACAGUUUUAUCAGUUAGGCAAAGUCCAUCAUGGUUUGUAAAAAAAUUUCAGCCAACAUUUAGAAAUAACAUACAUCAAAAUGUUUACUUUAGUGCAGCUAAUUUCUGUAGCCAAAGUUCUAUUAAGGAUGAUGGAAGUUGUCAGUCACUAGGAAAAAUUGAGCCCAAGUUUCAGUUAACAUAUACUUGUAAAGUGUGUAGCACAAGACAGUCUAAGACUAUUUCCCAGCUAGCUUAUAAGAAGGGUGUCGUCAUAGUUACCUGCGAGGGCUGUUCAAAGCACCAUCUUGUGGCAGAUAAUCUUGGCUGGUUUUCUGACCUGGAUGGCAAGAAGAAUAUUGAGGAUAUCUUAGCGGCUAGAGGGGAAGUGAUCAAAAGAGGUUUUGUGACCUCGGUGACAAGUCCCGAUGAUUCGGGUAAGAAUAACACUCCUGGUAACGAGAAAAACUGGACAAAUGAGGAGGAAGCCAGAGCACAAGGUGCAUGGAAUACUGCCCAAGGUACGCUGAAAAUGAUGGCUAAUGAUGAACAUGAACCAAAUGAUUGUGAAGUGAAAAAGACAUAA